CGUAUUCCCGUUUGGGCCAAUGACAGCGCAGGAGGUCGUAAAGCGGUCUCGCGCCGGGUAAAAGGGAUUUGACAGUUGCAAGUCUCAAUCCUUCAGUUGACUUCCUCAGUGGGACAGAGACCAUGGCGGCGGCUGCUACCUGCGGCCAGCACAGCGUUGCGAUUACAGCCGCUGUCAACGGCAAAAAACCGCAUACUAACAGGGAACAUAGUCGGAGGAACAGGGAAAGCUCUCGCCGGAGACAGGCAGCUCUUUUGUUUCUCAAUAACAUCUCUCUGGACGGACGGCCAGUCCAGAGUAAUUCAGCCGAGAAUGGAGGAAGCCGCCACCAAAGAGAGACUGACUUGGAGGGAGCCGACUCCGGCUCUGCGGUGGCGGCAGCGGCUGGGCUGUGCCCGGAGCUGGUUAACAAUAGCAGCUACGGGACAUUCUCCAGUUUGUCAGCGUCCGUGAGCUGCGGGAACGUCAACCCCUCCCCUGCACCGAGGACAGGACUCCUUAACGUACCGCCUAUCCUCGUCCUGCCGUCGGACACGGGGUUCGACGAUGCGGGGAGCGCGGAGGUGCUGCUGGGGUGCCGCAGAGGCUCGUUCCCUUCACCGGGGAACAGCAACCUGCUCUCACCGUCCCCGUCUAACAACAGCCUGAUGCCGUCGCCACUGGGACCGCGGAAGUCUUCGACACUGCUGUCGGUUCAGAGCUGUAACUCGGUGUCCUCGGAGCCGAGACAAAGGACUCGUAACCUCUCUGGUGGUUCUCCCAAACCUCGACACACCAAGAAGAUACACUUCAUCAAAAACAUGAAACAGUACGACACAAGAGGCAGCAGGAUUGUGCUGAUCUGUGCUAAGAGGUCUCUAUGUGCUGCCUUCUCUGUUCUUCCCUACGGAGAGAGCUUCUACCUCAGUGACCCCACAUUAAACCACCCAAGGAGGAGACACUCGUCUGGAAACAUCUCCACCACCCUGGAGAUGCUGCCGGGCCUAGAAGGCUUCCAGUUGGAGACCUAUGGCAGGUCGGUGUCGUACGCCCAGUUCCUGUACCCCACCAACGCUCUGGUGAGGCAGAAGCCUUCGUCAGCCAGUGACCUGACCCUGCAGAUCCCCAUGUCCAGGAGCACACACAGCAUGCCGGGCAGGAGUUAUCCACCUAGCAGGCUGAACAGCACUGUGGGACUGGACCUAGGUGUGGACGAUGUGACCGACUACGACCCUAACCUCCUCAGUGACCACCAGUGGCCUUGUGGGAAACACAAGCGGGUGCUGAUCUUUGCCUCCUACAUGACCACAGUCAUAGAAUACGUCAAACCGUCUGAUCUGAAGAAAGACAUGAACGAGACGUUUAAGGAGAAGUUUCCUCACAUAAAACUCACACUCAGCAAAAUACGCAGUCUGAAGAGAGAGAUGAGAGUAGUUGGGGAGGACUGUGGCCUGCAGCCCGUCACCAUAGCGAUGGCGUUUGUCUACUUUGAGAAGCUGGUGCUGCAAGGUCGACUCAAUAAACAGAACAGGAAGCUGGUGUCAGCUGCCUGCAUCCUAUUGGCUGCUAAGAUCAGCAGUGACCUCAAGAAACAGGAGGUCAAACACCUCAUUGAUAAGCUGGAGGAGCGUUUCAGGAUCAGCAGGAGGGAGCUUAUCACGGUCGAGUUCACCAUUCUGGUUGCCCUGGAGAUGGCGCUCUACCUCCCCGAGAGUAAAGUCAUGCCACAUUACAGACGGCUGGUGCAGCAGCAGCAGUUAUAGCAGUGCCACACCCAUCCCUCCCUCCAGGGACUCGCAGCACCUUCCAGCUCCACACUGUGACGGACGGAUCUUCAUGAUUGCCUGGCUCGGAGACACUGAGGAGUCCUCCUCCUCUCUGCUCUCAACGCAGACACCAAAGUUCAGCCACACUGUGACGGUGGUACGACAGUGGGGCCAGGUGAUGCCUGGCUCAACAGCCCAGAGAGCAACAUCGCUUUCUUUCCUCCCUCAAGCACCAAAGUGACGACACACUGUGAUUGAGGGUUCAGCAGCACCAUGGAAACCACCAGAGGUCAAACCCAUCACAACCCCUCAAAGUCAUGACUCGCUUCGAGAAAACUCUGCACUUAUUUUAACCUUAUUUUCACAUCUUUAGCUGUUAAAAAAAACAAAACAAAACUCAAAACACCAGCUCUCAGGAGAGAUUUUAGUCAUGGAGGCUUAACACAGCUCUUAUUAUUUGUUUGCUGAAACAAACUUGAACUUGUAUGAAGGUUUAGAUAGUUUUGGUUAAAUUGGAGUUUUUGUAAAGCUGUUUAGCAACUUGAAUGCUCCUCUCUAAAAUCCCUGCAGUAUAAUAUGAAAUGUAAUUUAAGGCCCUAAAUUAUGUCGUCUUCUUAUUGCGUUUCAAGCCAUGAAGGGAAAUUGUUUCAGCACAGUGGUGACAGCAGUUCCUUAUGUAGCUCGUGUUCUCGCCGGUGUGGUCUCAUCCUUUUUUCACUGAACAGAUUCAUGUUUGAAUUCCUUCAUUUCAUGACGUCAGCACUUUGCUGUGUGCAGUCCUGACGUCAUAUCAUCAGCUGUUUGUGAACUGUCAGCUGGACUCAGUUUUCAAGGCUUCUGCUCUUUGGUUUGUUGAAGAUAUUUACACUCCCACUCACACGUUUCACGGCCCCUUUUGUCUUCUCUCAUCCUACUUUAAUUUAUCGAGAGAGGGUUCACUGUGUUGCUGUGACAUUUAUCAACAUCAUUCACACACUGAGCUGCUGUCAGAAGCUCCACUGGAGAUAGUUGAGGCGUUUAAGUGCCUUGCCUGAGGGCACCUUAAGUGUAGUUGGUCAGGAAGAAGAGACUUCUGUCCACAAGAGUGUUCCCCCUUGGAUUCUGGGAUUCAAGACAGCAACUUAAUCUUCACUCCUCCUCUGUAUAUUGACCUCCGUCUUGUUCUCCUGUUGUCGUCCUUCCUCCUGAGCAAUCGGCAGUCUGCUGCUCACUCUGGUGGUCACAGGAAAGCAGUGCACCCUUUGUAGAAACACUGAUCAUGAGGGAAAAGCCUUCAAAUCACACUAAAAUGGAGGAAAACAACACUGACGUCAUCGUCUGUGCCGCAGUGACGAGCGUCUUGUGACCACCAAAGGUCUUUUCGGGGAAAUUAGUGUCCUUCUCCAUCCUGUGUUCUCUGAGGUCACAAACACUGUGUCCUAUUGCGAGAGCCCCUGUCCGUUAUGAUCUGCAUUUCAGCGCUGAAAAAUGUUGAAGCAGGUCGACAAAGCCUGACUUCUUCCAACCGCUCCUUCAGAUGUGAGCUGAAAACCACUGGGGACACAAUCGGUGAUUUUAACGUCCCAUAGAGGUGGAUAUUAUGAUGCUGUGUUGAAUUCAGUCCUGCGGCCCAUGAAACACAACUCAGACGUCACAUUACAGCAGAGGCAGGCUGGUUCGGUUGCUGACAUUUUAUAUCAGAGUUCAAAAAUCAGUCGGCAAAUAAGACACAAGUCGAUGAAUUUAAGAUAUCAGCAAAGUCAGUGAAUUAGUUUGUCAUUUGUUCAGGCAAAUAUACCCCAAAUUCACCAAUGCUAGCUCUUCAGAAGUUAAUGUUGCUGGUUUCCUUCAUCUAAUAUGAUAACAAACUAAUUAUCUUUGGGUUUUAUACCUCUUGCGGGAAACAAUUUCAAUGCUUGUUGGACUGGCUGUUGCCAACAUGUUCAGGUGGACUGUAAAGACAUUAUUCGUGUUUAAUAGAAGAAAGUCACAGUGGCUACUGUUUGCACUGUGAAGGAGCGUCAUAACUACCAAAAAGACCUUUCUGUUCAAGAACUACCUGAGAAAAAAAACAACCUGUCACUCAAAUAGCCUAUUAUUUAUUAGUUUUCACUGUAUCAUAAAGCGAUGAACAUUUAACCAAACAGAGGCCUCUAACAGGAUGUUUGUGACUGGUGUUUCUCUGUGUUACAGCAUUUAAGUAAAAAAAAAAAAACCAUGUUACCUGCUUUAUCCAAGAACAUUAAGUAGUUUCUUUUAAAACCUUUGGUUUCAGGCAGCACAAACAUUCUCUGUAGAGCCUCUGAUGUUUUUGCACUUUGCCUUUUUGCUUCACAAUCCUGAAUCUUUAUUUUAUCAUUAAGUAACAAGGGUAAUGAUAUUUUUCUACAUGUGAAGUAUCUUAUUGUACUAUUGUAUAUUGAGAACCGAUUGAGUUACUGAAAUUAAUUUAUUACUAAUAAUCCUCCAGAUGAAGAAUCAUGUUUUAAAUCGUCUGAUUAUCAAACACAGGGAACCCGUACAUGAUGCAAAGCAUCAUCGCACAAGAUAAUUUAGUUGAAAACGAGUUAAGCUUCGGUUUAUAAAAGAAAAAAAUGUGAUUCUUCAUCUUGAGGUUUCCCAUCAAUGCUCUUCUACAGAUGUUAUUUUCGUCUCCUGUGUUAAAGGGACUCUGUUGUACGUUGGAGUCGGGUUCGUCUGUACUUGGACAUUAGAGCAGGAGAGCUGAUGGUGUUUGGACUAGAGUUCUGCUACGUGACCCGAGUGUGUCCAGGUAUCAGCUUUAAGGUUCAGGUUUUGUUCCGUAAAGCUUUAAUAUAUCAAAGAGGGAAACAGUGUGGAGCCAGCAUGUUAACAUAGUUUUCCUGGCACAAACAACGCCUUGGGUCAGGUUCAGCUGGGGCUGGGUAUUGUUCAAAAUUUGUCAAUAUAAGUACUGAUACAGAUAACUUGAUUUCGAUAGAUUUGGUAUCGAAUGACAAGGCGUUUUUCCUCGAUGAUAUCAAACCAAUUCAGUUGGUUCAUAAAAGUUUGACGUUCAAAACACCCAGGCCAAGGUUCAGCCAAGUCAAGUCAAUAUUAUGUGUAUAGCCCAACCCCACAGAUUUGCUUCAGUGGGGUUUACAAUCACACACUGUGUCCUUAGACUGUUAAUUCAAAGAAGAAAACAACUCAGCUGAGUAACCUUUAGAGUGAAAAAAUGAAGACAGUGGUGUUUGAGUCUUUAAGAAACAUGCCAGUGAUUUUUCACGUUAAGUCUAUUUACCACAAAUCAUGAACACUCACCUUCCGUGCGACUAUUGUUUUCCAUUCAUUUCAGUAUGGUAUGAAAAUCAAAACCCAUGAAACUUGUUCACAAUGAACAUCAAGCCUACUGGCUUUUUUUUUAAUAUAAGCUAUGUAACUGUUUUAACACAAUGCAGAUGUUUCACAUCAGUCUGGACUAAGCUGCAUUACCAUGUGACAAUUUAACCCUGAAGGAAACAUAAUGUAGACUCAGUCUUCACUUGUUUGAAGUUGAUUUUUAUACCAUACAGAAAGUAAACUAGCUUGAAAGGAACGAUAAUACACGUUCAGAAUUCUCCAGCACAUGUUGGAAAAUGGUCGGUACAUGUAGAAAUUGUACAUAAUUUGUACUUUCAGAAACGCUGGCAUGGUUCUUUAAAAACGAGUUCAGGUUUUAGUUUUUAGAUCCACGCAGAACUUUAGUUUCAAUGAGUUCAGGUUUUUUGUCUCCUGCUCUGUGGUGAAGAAGAAUCCAUGCUCCACAGUUUGCACUGAGACACUUCAGAGAAGAGUCGUAUAUUGAAACUGUUCCUGAAAGGAAAAAUAUACUAUGGAAAUAAACAUUCCUGUAAGGACAGUAAACGAAGCACUUCAGCAGACGACAUGAUAGAUAUAAGACUCUGCUUGAGAGUAGAAAUGGCGCACGAUCUUCCAAAGUCGUAUUCUCUACAUUAGAGAUUUGUGAUAUUGAUUCUAUGCAGCUUUUAUUCUGUCAGCUGACCUUCAUCCUCCUCCUCCUCAGUGCGUUUACCUUUAAUGUGCCACAGUGUUAAUUCUUACCUGACACUCCUUUAUUUAAACCUCACAUGCACAUGUUGUUUUUAGGUUUUGUAUCAAGUGAUUGUUAUUUUAUUGUUCUUUGAGCACUGUAAAGGCUGUAAAGGGAAAUAUUUACCAAGUGUUUGUCUUCCAUUUAUAAUUAUUGUUGUAAUUAUUGUUUUUUCAUUUAAGUUAAUUCGAUUUUUGUAUUGUGUUUUUGUUUGUUUGGUUUUUUUUUAAUCGACAACAUAGACCAGCAACGUUGCAGUCAAGGCAUCACAUGGCAUAAUUCUGUGUUAAUAUUAUUUAUGUUGUUUUGGGUUCAGUUCUUGUUGCCACAUUUGUUUUGAACACAUGUAGUGAUGCUGAUGGAAAACCAGACAUUAAUGUCAUGUUGUAUGGGUUUAACUUGUUAAUAUAUUUUGUAGCAUGAAGUUCAUCUUCAGCGAUAUCAACCAGUGUCUUGCAGUGUCUGGUUGUAGCUACAGUGUAAACAGCUGUAGUGACUCACACUGCAGGACAGGUGGAUAUUCAGGAUUGGAGGAGAAGCAGAUGAAAGUAUUUAUAGAAAUAUUUUGUAAAAGAUAAAGACCAUAUACUGUUUAAACUGCCAAUGUUCAAUUCAUGUCAAAUUUAUUUUCAUUAAAAAUAUGUAAUUUACUGCU